AGCCCAUGCGGGGAGAUAGGCCAGGGUGGCCCCACAAGUUACCUCUCCCUGGGGCACAGAGACAAAGCCCAGCACCCAGACCCAACUAGCUUCAGACCAUGAGUUCCCCAGACACCGUGAUCUGCCGCUCAGAAAGGGGGCUCCUUUCCCCUCAGUCCCGGAGGGACUACCCCAGCCUCUCCUUACCAGCCCAGCGAAGCCCCACCUGGCCCUCCUCCCCAGACGAAGACUCAGGUCUGCUCCCCUUCCCUCUGGAAGAACCCAGUCACCGGGCCUCCGCCCGUGGAGAUCUUCCCUCUCCCUCCUUGUCCUUGGAGGAAGAUGAAGAAGGGGAACCUGAGGUGCUGGUGAGUGAGGAGCACCCAGGCCAGUUCUUUGCAGAAGCUCGACGGCUUCGGGAUCUGAGCCUGCUGCUCGAUGAAGAGGUAAUAGUGCAGGGUCGAAGGUACGCGGUGCACGGGGUGGUCCUGGCUUCGGUCAGCAGCCUCUUUCGCUCCCGGCUGCUGAGGAAUGGGGGUCCACAACCCCCCAUACACCUGGACGUAGCUCCCCGGGGCUGGGAGGCCGUGCUGACCUUCGCCUAUGAGGGACUGGUAGGUCCCGCCGCUCUGGGGGAUGUAGUGGCGGUGGCGGAGGUACUGGGGGCCCCUAGGGUAGCAGCAGCUGCUCUGAGGAGACUGGAAGGGGACCGGAACCAAGGAGACAAGGAGCAGGAGGGACCGGAUAAAGCUGAGGAGUUGAGAGAGAAUCUGAAUAGCAUCGAGCAGCUCUAUCGUGAGGGUGUUGGCUGUGACCUGGAGCUGGAAGCAGAGGGCUGCCACCUGAAGGUUCACCGAGUGGCCCUGGUCUGUGGGAGCGAGUUCUUCGGCGCGAUGCUCUUGAGCGGGAUGAGGGAAUCCCAGGGCUCGGCUGUCGUCCUACGCACAGUCUCUGCCCCAGAUCUGCAGCUCCUUGUCUCCUUUGCCUACUCAGGGGCACUGCAAACAAACUGGCCAGGGCUCCUGAGGGCCACCCAGACUGCCCUGCAGUACCAAAGUGGCUCCUGCUUGGCCUUGUGCCAGAGAGCCCUGGCCCGAGGCCUCAGCCCUCUCCGAUGCUUGGCCUUGCUUCCUGUGGCUGAAGCCCCAGGCCUUGAGAGACUUUGGGACAAAGCCCAUGACUACCUUCUCAACCAUCUGCCUGCUGUGGUCUCCUGCCCCACCUUCCCAGAACUGCCUCCUCCCUUUCUAGCCAACCUCCUGGCCAGUGAUGAGCUGCAUAUAGAGGAAGAAUUUGAGGCCUUCGAGGCUGCAUGGCACUGGUUGGCAGCAGAUCCCAUUGGCAGAGAGCCUGAAGCUGAGACUCUGCUGCGCUGUAUCCGUUUUGGUCGCAUGUCCACCCGGGAACUGCGGCGUGUGAGAGCUGCUGGACUGCCCCCGCCUCUGCCCUCAUCCUUGUUGCACCAGAUUCUGGUAGAGGCAGAUGUGCCAGGCCGAGAAAGGAGGCGGGAGCCUGGUCGGGCAUUGGUGGUGAUUGGUGGAGAUGGGCUUACUCCAGACUUAGCUCAGAGUCAGCCAUCCCGAGGGGUGUGGUGGGCACGGGCCUUCUGCAGUGGUGUGGGGCUGGUACAUAGAGUGGAGUGGGGUAGGCUCCCUGCUUUGCCCCCUCCUGGGCGCUUCCGACAUGGUGCUGCCAGUCUCACUGGGAGUGAACUAUACGUCUGUGGAGGGCAGCAUUACUACAGCUACUCAGACACCUUGGCCUCAGUCCUCAGGUGGGCACCUGGCCAAAGUAACUGGGAAGAGUUGGCUCCAAUGUGUCAGGCUCGAUCUUUCUUCCCAUUGGUGGCUCACGAUGGACAUCUUUAUGCCCUGGGUGGGAGAGACAAUGGGGCUCCCUUGGAUUCAGUGGAGGUCUAUGAUCCCAAGCUUGAUGUUUGGAGGGCAGCACCAUCCCUUCCCACACCUUGCUUUGCACAUGCAGCCUCUGUGCUGGACGGCCAGGUCUAUGUGAGCGGAGGCUUCAAUGGGACUGGUCAAUAUCUGGCUGCCCUCUUUAACUACAACCCUACUCGCAAGCCAUCAUGGAUCCUGCUGAAUCCUAUGAAGACCCCUCGGGCAGGUCAUGUCAUGGUGGCACUGGGUGGAAGACUCUAUGUAGCAGGAGGUCUGGGUGAGACUGGGGACCUGCUUAGUUUUGAAGCCUAUGAGCCCAGGACUGACACCUGGAUGAGCCUGGAACCCCUGCCCUCCCCCCAUGUGGGAGCUGCUGGAGUCUCUCUUCAAGGAGAGAUGCUAGUUUUGGGGGGCUAUAGCCAUCGAACAUAUGCUCUCUCUCACCUCAUCCAUGCAUACUGCCCUGGCCUAGGCCGCUGGCUUUGUCUGGGAACCUUGCCCCAGCCCCGAGCUGAGAUGUCUGCCUGUGUGCUUCGUCUGUCUCCUGUAUAGCUGCAAACCCCAGGAACUGACUUAGCUCAGGCUUAAGUCCAUAGUGGGGCAGAGAAAGAGAAAGGAGUGGGAUAGGAGGAGAAAAAGAUGGAGAAUCAAGAUGUACAGAUUGAGGAUGUGUGGAAGAGGGGAAGAAGCACUGAAGGGAAGAAAACCAAUAGGUUAUAUGAGGAGGGGAAAAGCUUUACAGCAGGGCUUCUUAAUUUUUGGUGUGUCAUGGACCCUUCUGGCACUCAGGUGAUACCUAUGGGCCACUUUUUAGAAUAAUAUCUCUUAAUAUCGUACACAAUGUAAAAUACAUCAGAGUACAAAACAAACCAAUUAUAUUGAUAUACAGUUAACAAAAUGUUUUUUUAAAAAUGGACCUCUGGAGCCCCAGGUUAAGAACCCCUGAAGUAGGGAAACAAAGAACACCUAAGUUAGGGGGAGAAAGUCUUCAACUCCAACUGAGGCUUAUGGACCUAACAAUAGGCAUAUGUAUAGUACAGGCCAUGGCAUCCUCUCAUCCUAGGAUUUAGAACUGGAAGGGAGCUUAGAGACUCUCCUUUUAUGGACAAAGAAACCAAGGUCCAAAACUUUUAGAGGGCUGUGCAAGUUAAUGUAGACAAUAAAGGCAGCCUAUGGAAGGAUCAUAGGAAGAAAGGGGAAGCAGGGAAGAUUUGAUAAAAGUUGGAAAGGGGUUACAAAGAGGCCUUCUCUUCUCUCCCUCUUUCACCUUGUUAAAUAAUUCUCUUUUUUUCACUGUCCAUGCCUCAAGCUGUCUAAACCCUCCUGACCAGACCAGGUCCCUCCUUUAAUAGCACUUUAGACUGAGCAUAGUUUUUCCAUAUCUCAAUCAUCACUUCUUCCUCUGGGCAACUUCUAGGUUCCAACAAAGUUGACAUCUCAAGCAAAGAAGCUCUUGACUGGGGGUGUAAGAGAUGAGGAAAUAUAGUAGAUAAAGUGUGGGAUUUGAAGUCGGACAACCUGGGUUCAAAUCCUGCCUCUGAUACUUACCAGCAGUGUGAUUUUGAGCAAAAUCACUUAGUAUUUCCAAUCCUCAGUUUUCUUAUUUAUAAAAUAAGAGGAUCUCUAAGGUCCCUUCUGGCUUUAAAUCGAUGAUCCUAUGAAGUGUCAAUGUCUAGGAAUGAACUUCAGGAAAGCUGCUGAUAAAAGGAAUUGUGUGUGUGUGUGUGUGGCGCGCGCGUGUGGUAUUUGGUGAGGGGAAGCAGAAAGUGAAGCAGGAUGAAAUUAGAAGGACCAAUAGUGGAAGGGAUUGUGGUUUAGGGGAUGGAAGCUGAGCUAGAUAACUUCAGUGCCUAGAUCUGUCCUAACCUGUCAUCAUGUCCAGCCUCCAGGGUGGACUGUGAGGUGGGUAGAAAGAAACAUUUUUGACUUAAGAUUCCCUGGCUGAACAAGAGGUGGAUAGAAGGAUCCUUUGGAGACCAAGAGAACUGUACAGGUGACUCCCCCCACCCACCGACCCCCCAGCCUCCCAAGUCCCUUUCAUCCUUUUCCCUGGGAUUUUUAUGAAUCAUCUAUUUUCUGAGUGGGGAAGGAGAAUGAGGCAAAGAUAUAUUGUGUUUUGGGGACAUUUGGUGUCCAUUUAGUCAAAGGCAAGUAGCUAUUUCAAAGGUAUUUCAGGGAUAUGACUACAUUUUAUUAAUUUUUAUUUUUUUACUCUGAACCUAAGAAACAAAACAAGAAUUUCGAUAACAAAGCAGAAUAGAAAAAAGAGGAUUGUACAUGAAACUACAAAUCUAUUAUGUACAACUUGCUUUUUCUUUUAAAUAUAUAAUAAAGUUAUCAUGUAAUUUUC